CUGAAUCUGAAGCCUGGCUGACCAGACGAUGUAAUCAAAACAACACAUUCAUGACACACCCUUUCCUUUCUCGAUAACAAAGAUUUUAUUCGGAAACGAGUGCACGGCGGAAUACUUGGCGGUCUUCAGCAUCUGCGCUUUCUAAAUAAAACUACAGACAUGUGGAAAGCUGCAGCAGGAACUAUGGCAGCUGUCAAGCCCCCUGCAUUGCCUCAGGGGGAAGAUGACGACUGGGAAACAGAUCCAGAUUUUGUCAAUGACGUGACAGAACAAGAACAAAGAUGGGGAGCAAAGACAGUCGAAGGCUCUGGCAGGACUGGAGGAACCAUUGACAUGAGCCAACUUCGUCAAGAGGUGGCUCAAGCGGAUGCCAUGAGGAAAAAGAAAGAACAGGAUGAAGGACCGAAGGCUGCCUAUGGCUAUGGUGGAAAAUUUGGUGUACAAAAGGACAGGAUGGAUCAGUCAGCUGUAGGCCAUGAUUAUGUAGCUAAAGUGGAGAAGCAUCAGUCUCAAAAGGACUAUGCAACAGGAUUUGGAGGCAAGUUUGGUGUUCAAACAGACAGAGUGGAUAAGGUAAAAAAAAAAUUUUUAAUUCAAUUUUUUUUUUACAAUGUAUACCUCCACGAGUUUAAAAAAAAAAAUAUCUUUAUGAUUCAGAGUGCUGCUGGCUGGGAUCACAAGGAAAAGCUGGAAAAGCACACUUCACAGAAAGAUUAUAGUUCCGGAUUUGGAGGGAAGUUUGGAGUUCAAUCAGAUCGUCAAGACAAGUCAGCCGUAGGUUGGGAUCAUGUAGAAUCAGUAACAAAACAUGAAAGUCAAAAAGACUACGCUGUUGGAUUUGGUGGGAAAUUUGGUGUGCAGUCUGACAGACAAGAUAAAUCUGCUGUGGGAUGGGAUCAUCAUGAAGGCCUAAACCAGCAUGAAAGCCAAGUGGAUGGUAAAAAGGGCUUUGGAGGGAAGUAUGGCGUUCAGAGUGACAGAGUGGACAGGUCAGCCCAUGGCUUUGGAGAAAAAGAAAAAGUAGGCACAUCUUAUGAGAAACACAAACCUGACAUUGGUUCCUCAAAGCCAUCUAGCCUUCGAGCCAAGUUUGAAAACCUUGCAAAACAGGGGGAAGAGGAGACCAAGAAGAGGGCUGAAGAGGAGAGACAAAGGCGGAAAUUAAGGGAACAGUCUGAGAAAGAUGCUGCCCGUAAACAGGAAGAAGAUCGCCUUAAGUUGUUACGUCAGAAAGAAGAUGAGGAUGCUGCAAAGAUGGCUCUGUCAAAGCAGAAUGUUACUCCAAGCAAAACUGAUGCUCAGCCAACUAAAGUCCAGUCACCUGUUUCUGAGGCAAUUCAGAGACAUAAUGAGGCAGCUGCUGCUGUCAAAACACCAUCUCCUGUAGUGGAAAAGUCCCUUGCUUUUGAAACUGGGAAAAAAAUUCAACAAGCUCCACAAAGUCCUGAACCUGAGGAGAAGGCAGAACCCAAGGUUGAGUCCAAAGUUGAACCUAAGUUUGAGCCCAAGGUUGUUGAGCCUAAGGUUGAAGUCAAGAUUGAGCCCAAGGAAGAACCUAAGGCUGAACCAAAGAUCCAAUCACAGCCUGAGGAACCAACAGAGUCAGAUGCAGCAGAAGAACAGGACGGCCCUGAGGAAACAGGAGUAACAGCUGUUGCAAUCUAUGAUUACCAAGCAGCUGCUGAUGAUGAGAUAUCCUUUGAUCCCGACGAAAUUAUAACAAAUGUGGAGAUGAUUGAUGAGGGUUGGUGGCGUGGAGUUUGCCGCGGAAAAUUCGGCCUAUUUCCUGCAAAUUACGUUCAACUGCAAGAAUAACUUGGUUUGUUGAUUCUUCCAUGUUAGAAGAAAAUUGGGGAAUGAGCUCAUACAGGGUACUGGUGCUUCACUAAUUCAAUGGUGUUGCAGUAUUUGCUGGACCUUUUCUUGUUACUUGAAUAGUAUAGGGUGUCAGAAUUUUGGGUGGUGCUUCCAAAGAAUUGAAAAGUGACAAAAUCAAAUUUGUGAAACUUUUUGUCUCUUUUUUGUUCUUGUUUUUAUUGUACACUUUUAACUGGAUUAGCUACCGGUCACAAAAUAAGAUGUAAGGAAUUUUUUAAGUAUUGUAUCUUUGACUAAUCUUUUGAAAAGUUUAUUAUUUUUGUGUAAAAAUGCAUUAGUCCACAGUGGACUUUGGGAAGAUGGCAAUGUUUAUCACUCAAUUGCCUAAUUUCAAUUAGAUACUGAGAUUAUUUUUUAUGGAAACUUUCUGUAGUUCGAAUUAGUUGUUCCAAUGGGUGCUGCCAUUGUCUCGUAGUAUUUCUGUUCAUGAAACUCUUUGAAGUCUUCUUAACUUUUUUUAAAACUUUGGUUGUUUUUUUAGAUGUAUUUUAAUUACUGACACGAUGAAAUAAUGUAUCAAACUAUGAUUAUAUAAUAAAAACCGCGCUGCUUUGAGA